UUCCCUGAUAAUCCAACCAUUCCACUUCCCACCAACACGAAGCUUCUCCGCCAUUUUCAUACCUAACAAUGGCCGUUCCACCAACUGUGGGCCAACGGGACUCUUCGUUUCGAGUCACCGAUCGCCAUAGCUGUCCUCCUCUUUCUCAUCCAUCAAGUUCUUGGUCCAAAUUGCUUUGACCCCACUCUUCCUUAUCCAAUCUGCUCCGCUUUUCCACUUCCCUUUCGACUUUUUCAGUCGCAUCCUGUGAAUUUGUCAAACAUAACGUGAUGGGAUGUUUAUUCUUUCGCUUUUUUAGACCAUUUUAGUCUGUUUUUAAUGCCUUGGCUUGUUUGAUUGAUUUGAUUGACCUUAGGUUUAAGAGUGAGAUGCUUCUGGGUUGCUUCUUAGUCUCUGCUUUAAUGGCGGGUGAUUACUGAUUCUAUGUUAAUUUGUGGACUGAAGUGAUUCUUCUGCUUGCUCACUUGUUUUUCUGCGAAUUGGCUUCUGGGUUCUUGUUAUCUUGGCAGGAUUCGUCUUGUUUGGAGUUUCGUGUUCUUGUUCUCAAAUUUGAAUUGUUUUGAUCGGUAGUAAGACUGAUUGAUUUUGGAUUGUGAUCGAUUCUUUCUCUCAUUGAUCACUUGUUUUUCUCAGAAUCGCCUUUAGGGUUCUUGAAUUCCUCUUUUUUUAAUCUGAUUCUUUGAUUUUGUCUCUGUAAAUCUCAAAGCUUACCGCCAUGGGAGCUUCGAACGUCCAUUUUCUCAUCUGGAUUCUUUGUGCUCUGUGUUUAAGAUCAUCUCUCUCAUUAGGAUUCUCUCCUGAUGAUAAUUUUCUGAUCGAUUGUGGAUCAACCUCCAAUAUAACAGUGGGAGGACGUCUAUUUCAACCUGAUGGAUUUUUCUCUGACAAUCUUUCAAACCCGAAUGGGAAAUUUGUUUCCACUGCUAGCAAAGUUUCUAGUUCAUCUCCACUGUUCUUAUUCUCUCAUCUCUUUCAAACUGCAAAAGUAUUUGAAACAACUUCCGAAUACAAUUUCAAAAUCAAGAAACAGGGCAGGCACUGGAUCCGCCUCUACUUUUACCCUUUUGUUUAUGAAAAUUUCAAUUUGAGUUUAGCCAAAUUCUCUGUUUCUGCUCAAAAUAUCACCCUUCUCAAAGAGUUUCAGAUCGAGAGCGGCUCGAUAAUCAAGGAGUAUUCUCUGAAUGUCACUUCUAGUAAUCUUGUUCUUACAUUCACUCCCAUGGUGAAUUCAUUUGCCUUCAUCAAUGCCUUGGAAGUUGUUUCUGUUCCUAAUGAAUUGAUUCCUUUGGUUGUCCCUACUGUUGAGAAGAUAGUAGAAAGUUUGGGGAAUAGGGCAUUGGAGACAGUUGCUAGAGUGAAUAUGGGCAACGAAACCGUGCCUCCGAGUAACGAUACUCUCUCGCGCCUUUGGGUAGCAGAUGGUCCAUUCUUGAUGCAUAACAAUCAGGCUGUUGCUGGGAGGUUUGUGUCGAAUCUCACGAGAGUGAACAUGACAACAGACUCUGAGAUUAUGGCUCCUCGUUCUGUGUAUGGAACAGCAACUCAGUUAGGGGCUGAACCGGAUGCGAAUGCUAAUAUUAAUGUAUCGUGGUCCUUCGAUGUCGAUCCAGGCUAUGAAUAUCUGAUUCGUUUUCACUUCUGUGAUAUUUUAGAUCUUUCUUUUGGAUCGCUGUUCUUUAAUGUUUUCGUGAACUCGUGGAUGGUUAAAGAUCAUCUUGAUCUUAAUAAUGUCACUUCAGGCAUCAUAGGUGCACCUUAUGUCCUGGACACCAUAGCCAGUUCAAUUGACAGCUCUAAAUUCAAAAUAAGUGUUGGCCCUUCCAGUUUUCAUGAGUACUCAGCUGCAAUCCUUAACGGACUCGAGAUCAUGAAAAUAAGCGAUUCUCGGGGUAGUCUUGAUGAACCCCCCUUUGAUAUACACUCGAAGAAUAGUUCCAAUGUGAAAGUAGGUCUCAUAGCAGGCUUGGUUGCUGGACUGGUUGCUGCUGUUUUGGUCACUCUUGUCAUCGUGCUGUGUCGACGAAGAAGGAAAGCGGGGCUCGUCGGUUAUUUGAAGGAAGAGGAAAAUUUUGGUGUGAAUGGAAGAGAAAGCAACUAUGUCAUUGGAUCUGUUGGUUAUAAAUAUCCUCUUGCAGCCAUUUUGGAAGCUACUGAUCAUUUUAGUGAAAGUUUAGUCAUUGGCCAUGGCGGGUUUGGGAAGGUUUUCAAGGGAAUGCUGAGGGACAACACGGAAGUGGCAGUGAAACGAGGGGCCUCGAAGUCUCAGCAGGGUCUUGCCGAGUUCCGAACCGAAAUCGAGAUGCUAUCCCAGUUUCGCCACCGGCAUUUGGUAUCUCUGAUCGGGUACUGCGACGAGCAAAAUGAGAUGAUUAUUAUCUAUGAAUACAUGGAAAAAGGGAGUCUCAAGGACCAUUUGUAUAGCUCAGAACUUCCAAGUUUAAGCUGGAAACAAAGGCUUGAGAUAUGCAUUGGCUCAGCCAGAGGGCUUCACUAUCUCCACACUGGCUCCACAAAGGCAAUCAUACACAGAGAUGUCAAAACUGCAAACAUUCUCCUAGAUCAAAACUACAUGGCUAAAGUUGCAGACUUCGGGCUCUCGAAAACUGGCCCCGAGUUCGAUAAGACUCAUGUCAGUACAGCAGUAAAAGGGAGCUUCGGCUAUCUUGAUCCCGAGUACUUAACAACGCAGCAGCUGACUGAGAAAUCCGAUGUGUACUCAUUCGGCGUUGUUAUGUUCGAAGUCCUUUGCGGUAGGCCUGUCAUUGAUCCAUCUCUUCCAAGGGAAAAGGUGAAUUUGAUUGAGUGGGUAAUGAAGAGGAAGGAUAGAGAUGAACUGGAGGCCAUUGUAGACGCUUGUAUUGUCAAGCAAAUCAAGCUAGAUUCUCUGAAAAAGUACGUAGAAACAGCUGAGAAAUGCUUGGCGGAGUGCGGCAUGGAUCGCCCAGCAAUGGGAAACGUUCUGUGGAAUCUGGAGUGUGCACUUCAGCUCCAAGGAGAUGAAAAAUCUAGCCAUGGCAAGGAAUCAUCCUCACAAGCUGACCUUUCGAACCACUGGGAGGCGAGCGUAUCGACCACUCAAUUCAGCACGGGGAGUGCGGUCGAUAUCGCUGGUAUCUCGAUGAGUAAGGUGUUUGCUCAAAUGGUGAGGGAAGAUAUGAGAUAGGCUGAAGAACAACAGCAGCAUGUUUGCCAAUGCACAGUCUUCUCUUGGCGUUGGAGAAGAACACAAGAAUCAGUAGAUUUUGUAUAGAAGUGAAUGGGUUCAAUCCUGUUUUGUGUAUUGUAUUGUAUUAUAUGGUGCAUUUCAUAUUGUUUCUGGUGCGCCUGUUGAGUUAUACGCAGUUCAUAUAAACAGUGAUAAAGAUAGAGAGAGUUGUAUUUAUGAUGUUCAUAUUUUAUUCAUGAGUUACAUUUAAAA